AUGAAGUCCUUAUCACCAGCCCUCGCGUCUCUCGCGAAUGUCUUCAAGAUUCCCAUGUCAAUGGCGCCCGUCCGCCCAUCAAUUUCCCGCGUCUGCCACGACACCCUGACCCGCCAAACACAACAGCCCGGCCCAGUCACCGCGGCCCUGCAAUCAGCCUCCUUCUCGACGACCAGCUCAAUGGCCGCGAGAAAGCGCACCGGUCCAACAGUCGAUAAGCGCAUCACUCUCAUCCGCUACUUCCUCCACCACCCUCUUACCCCUCGUCCCCUCCGCUUCUCUCGUAAUCGCUACCUCCGCCACUGGACUAUCCACCGCGCCUGGCAGUUGUUCAAGGCGCAGCAGCGCCGCAAGCACGAGCUUGAGUUGAUGCGUCAGUAUCAGAGUAUGCAUGAUGCUUGUGAGGAGCUGCGGACUGGAGCUGGGGAUGGGGGCAAGCUGUUCCGGGUUUCUAUGAACAAGAAGGGAAUCUUCACUGAUUUGUUCCCUAUUGAGUAUGCUCGUAUGCAGACUGAGUCGCCUCCGGCUGAUGGGUGGAAUUAUGGAUGGAAGAGGCCUGGGCAGAAAUAG